AUGCCGAAGAUCGUUCACAUAUCAUCGCAAACCCAAUUAGCGGAACUUCUCUCGUCGUCCUCCAUUGUCGUGGUAGAUUUCUAUGCAGACUGGUGCGGACCAUGCAAAGUGAUCGCACCGAUUUUCGAGUCACUGUCAAACAAGUUUUCCAGCCCGACGAAGAUAUCCUUUGCUAAGGUCGAUGUCGACUCGAAUCAGGAAUUAGCAGCCUCCUAUGGAGUUAGUGCCAUGCCCACGUUCCUAAUCUUCAAUAAUGGCGCCGUUGCCCAUUCAAUCCGCGGCGCAAACCCGCAACUGCUCACAUCCAAAAUCGAAGAAUUCGCCAGGAGUGUUGGAUCUAAUGGUGACGGCGCAGCCGGUACUGCAGGCGAGGCUAGCGGCAACGGCUCACGUUGGUUAGGCGGAAGUGUUCCGAAGGGUUAUUCAGAUGUCUCUGGCGAGGUUGAAAUCAAAGACAUAGAUCUUCUCAACUACGACAACCAGGUCGGAUCCGCAAGAUCGCUAUUCGCAGCAGAAAAGCCCUCUGGUUUCUCUAGUGCCGAGAGUAGUGGGAAUGGCAAAGAUAAGGCCUCCGCUACACCGGACUGGGUGGAGAGUGAUACGGACGAACAGCUGAUGCUAUUUUUGCCCUUCCAGUCGUCUAUUAAGCUUCAUUCAUUACAGAUAACUUCUCUCGCACCUCGCGAAAGUGAUGAUGACGUGCCAAUGCGGCCCAAGACUUUGAAGUUGUAUGCAAAUCGUGCGCAUAUCAUUGGCUUUGAAGACGCCGAUGAAGACAGUCCGACGCAAGAGAUAGAGUUGUUGCCACAAGAUUGGGAUGAGGAGACGAAAACGGCAACUGUCGAGCUGCGAUUUGUCAAGUUCCAACGCAUAAUGUCGCUUGUGGUAUACUUCGUAGACGGAGAUGGGGAUCGUGAGAGGAUCCGAGUGGAUAGGCUGAGGCUAUUUGGUGAAGCUGGGGAGAAGAGGGAGCUGGGCAAGCUGGAAAAAAUUGGGGAUGAACCGGGCGAGUAA